AUGGAGCUAACUGCUCUAUGGAUUGCAGCAGAGGUUGCGAAGGGAAAAAUUGCAGCUCCUCAGACGGAACAUGCAACUGCAGGAGAAAUUAUAACGGUGACCAAUGUGAAAACUGUACUGCAGGUCGCUGAUCGAAAUGUUCCGACAGAGAGAGAUAAAUUAAAGCAUGGUGCAACUAUUGGUGGUGCUAUUGGUGCUCUUCUUGUAGUAGCAGCAGCGGUUAUAUUUGCUGUCACCAUUCUUAAACGAAGAAAUAAGUUAUGCUGCAAAAAGCCACGAGAUGAACAACUGAGCGAAGAAACACCUGAGCCAGUUGUGUACGCUACAGUGCAAAACAGAAGACACACACACGACCCCGCUCUACAAAGGGAGUCAAGUCAUUAUGGCGGACAGGCACAAACACCUCACACUUCAUUUACAGAGCACCAUGCUGAAACUGGAAACAACUUAUACGAGGACAUUUUAAAAGCAACUGAUGAUUCAAACAUUGUUCAAGAGAACGUUGAACAAGAAGCAGGACACAGAGUGAACAUACGAACACAACACGUUGAACUGGUGAUGACCGACGAAACAACUGAAGAUGAUGGACUUGAAAUGAGGAUGACCAAGAAGCACGAGCAAUAGCAGUCAAAUUUGAAGAGAAGGGCGGUACAUAUUGCAACAAUGUUGAUACAAUAAAUAAACAAAAAGUCGCUGUUAACAGCUUAACGAAAUACGUGAUUGAAAAAACUGACACAGAUAUUGAAGAAGAAUUUGAGAAAUUUCCGUAUGGAUUGACAAAACCAUACGCCGUGUCGCAGAAGCACGAACAUAUUCAACGAAACAGAUAUAAAGGGAUUUAUCCAUGUAUGGUUUGCCUUUUAAUAGCAUUUGGCGUUAAGGAAAAUUAACAUAAAAAUGCAUUUGGUUGGACAUGUUUAUCUCUCCCUGUAAUCGUGUUGCAUGUCUACAAAUUUCCCAUGUUUAUGCUUCGAUGUAU